AUGCCCCGCGCAACCUACGCCACGAGGGCCUCCAUGCGUGUUGCAAAGACUCGCAGCUGCAGCACUGGCGGCACUGCAAGCACUUCAGCUUCCCAGCUGCGUACCACGGCUGCCGCUGCACUCCAGGCAAACUCACAGCUACAUUCGUCGUCCUCUGCGGGUGCUGAGGUGCAAUCUUCUUCAUCCACCACCGAGCCUACCAGCCCAGACCCCACCUCCUUCAGGCCUCCAUUCAACAAUCUUGACUCCCCGCCUACAAACUGCCCCUACUGCCCUUUCACCGUCACCAGCAACUCCAUUGAAUUCGAAGGCUUCAACAUCAUGCUCCACCCGUGCCCCUGCGGUCAAGAGCACGCUCAUGCCGCAAAGGUCCUCGCGCAUCACCUCUCCUCCUGCCCCGGCAAAGCCCGACCCGACAACACGUCCUCCCUCACUACCGCGCCGCCAUCAGCCCAAACUUUCGAAGAAGACGCCUUGCCAGCCCCACGUCGCCGACGCCGCCGUGCCCCGGGCGAGAACCCCCCAGCUCUCCCUCACCCAACUGCUGUUGACCUCCAACCCACCAUCGACGGCCCCGACUGCGCCAACUACGCCUCGCAGCAGCGCACCUCGCCGCGCGUCUGCAUAACCUGCACGCAGCCCUUCACCACCCGCGUCCAUGUCUUCAAGAACGGGCGCAUGCACACCCCUUUCAUGCUGUACCGCUGCGGGUGCGGCGAGCGCUUCAGCCGCGAGUAUCCCAACAUGCGGGUGCGCAUCGACAUCAAGCAGGAGGAGCACCAGGCGCUCGAGACGGAUAUCGAGCUUGCGAGGGAGCGUGUGAGGAAGGAGUUUGAGAGUGUUGGGGCUUUGACGGUGAGGAAGAGGGUUAGGUCAAAAGGGGGGAAAUGGGUGCUUGCUAAGGGUGUUGAGAGUGAGGGGGAGGAGGAGGGGCAAGGGAGUAAGGAGAAGCCGACGUACUUGUCGAGGGCUGAGAUGAGUGAUAAGUGGAAGGAAUACGCGUACGGGCGGGGCAUGCGACGUAAGAGCAGCAAGCUCAUCUGUGAGGUUUGUGGGGUGGAGUCCGCGGAUGCGGACAAAGCGGCGACGCAUAGGAGGGAGCAUCAGGACGAAGAGAGCGAGAUGGAGAGGAGCAAUACGACGUGUGAGUGUGGGUCUGUCUUUAGGACAAAGGAAGGCCUGGAGGCUCAUGGAUCACUCUGUCGUCUGGUGAAGAAGAAUAAGAGGAGAAAGAUUGGGAAGAAGUAA